UGCCACCGCUAGUGGAAAAGCGAGAAAAACGAGAAGCGAAAAAGGCGAUCGGCAAACAGUGCAAAAAGUGCGGAAAGCAAGGGAAAAACCAAAGGUUGGGCGGCAAACAGCGGGCCCCACAAUCUCCACACCAAAUCAACGAUCCUGUCCAGACCAAAUGUGGUAGGAACAGCAUCACAUCGCAUCUUGCUGAAGUUUUGCCGAGUCGAAGAAUCGAAUUGAAUCGAAUCCGCGGGGUCCACAGAGUCCGCCAGAAAGUGUGCCGGAAAAAGUCGAGGAGCAAGGAAGGAUCCACCAAAAUGUCUAGACGUCUACGACCAAUGCCCAUUUCCAUUUCAAGGGAGCCGGAGCAGUCCAUAGUCCCGCCACGGAAUCUGGACUCGCGGGCAACCAUCCAAAUUGGCGAUCAGACCUUCGACAUCGAUGCGGAUAGUCUGGAGAAGAUCUGCGAUCUGGGCCGCGGUGCCUAUGGCAUUGUGGAGAAGAUGCGCCACCGGCAAACCGAUACGGUUCUGGCCGUCAAACGCAUCCCAAUGACCGUGAACAUACGCGAACAGCACCGAUUGGUCAUGGACCUGGACAUAUCGAUGCGGUCCAGCGAUUGCCCCUACACGGUCCACUUCUAUGGUGCGAUGUACCGCGAGGGCGACGUCUGGAUCUGCAUGGAGGUGAUGAGCACCAGCCUGGACAAGUUCUAUCCGAAGGUCUUCCGCCACGAUCUGCGAAUGGAGGAGAGCGUGCUGGGCAAGAUUGCCAUGAGCGUGGUCAGUGCCCUGCACUACCUGCACGCCCAGCUGAAAGUCAUCCAUCGGGACGUCAAGCCCUCGAACAUACUGAUCAAUCGGGCCGGUCAGGUCAAGAUCUGUGACUUUGGCAUCUCAGGCUACCUCGUGGACUCAAUCGCCAAGACCAUCGAUGCCGGUUGCAAACCGUACAUGGCCCCCGAACGCAUCGAUCCCCAGGGCAAUCCGGCGCAGUAUGACAUCCGAUCGGACGUCUGGUCGCUGGGCAUCAGCAUGAUCGAAAUGGCCACCGGCCGUUAUCCUUACGACAAUUGGCGGACGCCCUUCGAGCAGCUGCGCCAGGUGGUUGAGGACGAUCCGCCGCGUCUGCCGGCGGACACGUUCUCGCCGGAGUUCGAGGACUUCAUCGCCGUCAGCCUACAGAAGGAGUACAUGGCGCGGCCCAACUACGAGCAGCUGCUCAGGCACAGCUUCAUCGUGGAGCAUCUGCAGCGCAACACGGACAUCUCGGAGUUCGUGGCCCGGAUACUGGACCUGCCCGACCAGCAGCCGGCGCAGUAGGCUAAUGGCCGGGUAGCAGGUUAAUGGUUAACCCAUGGCGCCGCCCCCCUUAACCCUUUUAAACCGUGUGCCCAUGCGCCCGUGCGCCCGUGUAAAUUGCCGCCGUCUUCUUCUAAACAUGCAUUUCGUACAUGUUGUGUGUGUGUCCCCCGUCUGCGUGCCAGCAAAAAAAAAAAAAAACAAAAACAGAAAGAAAGAACAAUGAAUGAAAUCCAAGGAAAAACCAACAGCAAUCAGCUAAUCUUAAGAUUCAAAAGUGGAAACCGCAUAAUUAUUAAUUUAAGUGAGAAGCAAACAGCAACAUAACCGUUACUAGCAACCUGCAACCUGCAACAUGCAACACGCAACCUACGCCUUGCAAAGCUCAAAAGUCGAUAGCCGAACCGUGCCUCCCAGCUGGCGAUGCUGCUGUCUUGAAAAACAGAAAGAAAACAAAAACAAAAACCAUUUUAAUAUAUAUUUAAAAGAAAAUAAUAGCUUAGUCAACGAAAACAAAAAGAGGAACAGAAGCAAGCAAACAAUGAAUGUAAAAACGUACUAAACUUAAAUGAUAAAUUGUAAACUUUUUUGAACACCAAAAUAGCCGAACAGAAAGUGUAAUUGUAAUUAUAAUUGUUUAACAAAUAUAUAUUACGUGAAAUAGCUAA